UCCAGAUCACCAUGCAGCAUCAGCACCACAGCAUCCAGUCAUUUUCCUGCUCUGUCUGUUAAUUACCUACUCCUUUAGAUUCCAUGAUUUCAGGCUUCCUAAAGAGCAACUGAGCAGGGGGAAAAGAUCACCAAAUUUCCCCUGCUGGCUGGCUUCGAUUCAAAUUUCGCUGAGCUUCCAUAGAUGGCUAACAGGGGACCGAGCUAUGGUUUAAGCCGGGAGGUGCAGGAAAAGAUCGAGCAGAAGUAUGAUCAGGAUUUGGAGAAUAGAUUAGUGGACUGGAUUAUUCUGCAAUGUGGAGAAGACAUAGAGCACCCAGCCCCUGGCCGGACCAAUUUUCAGAACUGGUUAAUGGAUGGAACGGUGCUGUGCAAGUUGAUAAAUAGUUUACAUCCAUCAGGACAAGAGCCAAUCCCAAAGAUCUCAGAGUCAAAAAUGGCUUUCAAACAGAUGGAGCAGAUCUCUCAAUUUUUAAAGGCUGCUGAAAUAUAUGGAGUCAGGACCACAGAUAUUUUUCAGACUGUGGAUCUAUGGGAAGGGAAGGACAUGGCUGCUGUGCAGAGGACUUUGAUGGCAUUAGGCAGCUUAGCUGUCACAAAGGAUGAUGGCUGCUACAGAGGAGAACCAUCGUGGUUUCACAGGAAAGCUCAGCAGAACAGAAGAGGAUUUUCUGAAGAGCAGCUUCGCCAAGGGCAGAAUGUAAUAGGCCUACAGAUGGGCAGCAACAAAGGAGCAUCUCAGUCAGGAAUGACUGGGUAUGGGAUGCCCAGGCAGAUCAUGUAAAACACUUGCUUCGUCUUCCCCUACAGGGAAGAUGAAAGUUCACAGCACGAUCUCUGUUAAAAGAAGAAAAAGAAAAAAAGUAGUA